GAACGAUCUACGAAUCGAACCGUGGCGAUGUUGAAAAAAGUCACCGGAACCAGUGGUUCAAAGGUGCAAAGAAAAUGAGCAGCCUGAAAAGUACAGAGUCAACGCGCGACGCGAUAGCUACGAGGUUCAUCGAGCAGAGCGAGCGAACCAAAAGAAUUUGCAAGUCAUUCGCGUCAUCUACGAUCACGAGUGCUGUUUCACGGUCGAACUUUCGUUUGUGUUCGGGUUUCUCGCGUCUCUGCAAUACACCUUACCCGUUGUUAAAGAAUCAACCGCAGCCUACCAUCAUCGACAGUUAGUUUACGUUAAUUAUCGUUUCCCCCGUCACGUCCGCGACGUUUUACCCGUCUUCUUGGUGUUCGAUUCAUUUGUCUAAGAGCCUAUAUAUCAACUAUGGGUGGACGCUGAUCAAGAAUAGGGAAACAGUCGUUGUCGACUUCGUUCAAUGUGUUAACGUGCCCAGCGAGAGACGCCGUGCAUGACAAUUUUCAAGAAAAUAAGGGAAACAAGUUCUCACGCAGGCUGCAACGACCGAAAACAAGUAUACAAAGUACACUAACGCUGGUCCUCGGGCGAGGGAUAGAAACUGUCAGUGUCCCAUAAUCUCGUUGAGAGUGACACGUGCGUAUGGUAAUUCCGUGGUGGUUUGACGCGUACACACACUCUUCGAAGCACCGUGGCGAACCUAACGUGUGUAUACGUCUGAUACCGCGCGUCAUAGUGAAAUAUCAGUGAAUGAAUCGUCGAAUUAUGAUCCUUCGGUCGCACCUCUAUCCCCCCUCCUAAUUCGAUUCACUUGGGGAAACUUGACACGGGCGACAAAAGCUCCUUUGGUGAUUUUUCAUUUUCGUGGACUGUCAGGGAGCUUUCUCUCGGUCGUUAAGUUUAUUUUAAUGGAUGAAGACGCUUGUCACGCGAGAAAAGAAGCUCGGAGUAGCUUCCGGAAUCCGAAUCUCGGAUCCAAUUCGUCCUUUAUGUCACCCGGCGACGACAAGGAUUUGGAGGGGACGGAGAAGCAUGGAGACCUCGGGGACAUGACAUUCUACAUGACCAAUUACAUUAAGGAUGCUAUGAAGAUGAUGUUUAUAAUGCGGAGCCAUCAUAUGCUCACCGACGUCGUCUUGGAAGUGGGCUCGGAACUGUUUUAUGCUCAUAAAGUCAUUCUAGCCGCUGCGAGUCCGUAUUUCAAGGCAAUGUUUACAGGGGGCUUAAAGGAAUCGGAAAUGAACAGGGUGAAGCUUCAAGGUGUCUGUCCGACUACCAUGGCACGUCUGAUGUAUUUUAUGUAUACUGGCCAAGUAAGGGUCACUGAGAUUACAGUGUGUUCGCUUUUGUCAGCAGCCACUAUGUUCCAGGUUAGUAAUGUCAUAGAUGCCUGUUGCGUUUUUCUGGAAAGACAGUUAGAUCCCACGAAUGCAAUCGGAAUCGCAAAUUUUGCCGAACAGCACGGCUGUCAUAGUUUGCAUCAGAAAGCGAAUCAGUUUAUUAUUCAACAUUUUAGUCAAAUAUGUCAAGAGGAAGAGUUCCUCCAACUGUCGGCGAUACAGUUGAUAGCCCUAGUGAGAAAGGACGAGCUUAACGUGCAAGAGGAGAGGGAAGUGUACAACGCUGUCCUGAAGUGGGUGAAGUAUAACGAGGAGGCAAGAGGGCCCAAGAUGGAGCACAUACUACACGCGGUUAGGUGUCAGUAUCUGACGCCGAAUUUUCUACGGGAACAAAUGAAGAACUGUGAUGUACUGAAGAAAGUACCCGCCUGUCGGGAAUACCUUGCGCAAAUUUUCAAGGACUUGACCCUGCACAAGAAGCCGAUAGUUAAAGAGAGAACGCCUAAUACUCGAAGAGUGAUAUACAUUGCUGGUGGUUUCUUGAAGCAUUCGUUGGACGUUUUGGAAGGAUACAACGCGGACGAGAAGACUUGGACUCAACACGCGAAGCUAGUGGUUCCCAGAUCCGGUUUGGGUGGAGCAUUCUUGAAGGGAAUGUUUUAUGCUGUUGGUGGCAGGAACAAUUCACCCGAGAGUAGAUACGAUAGCGAUUGGGUCGACAAAUACAAUCCAGUCACAGAUCAGUGGAGAGCCUGUAGUCCAAUGUCGGUGCCGAGGAAUCGUGUAGGUGUAGCUGUGAUGGAUGGAUUGUUGUACGCUGUCGGAGGCAGCGCUGGCGCAGAAUACCACAACAGCGUCGAAUGUUACGAUCCCGACAUGGAUACCUGGACUAACGUGAAGCCAAUGCAUAUAAAAAGAUUGGGAGUUGGAGUGGCUGUGGUGAAUAGAUUACUAUACGCAAUUGGUGGCUUCGAUGGGACGAAUCGACUCAAUUCUGUGGAAUGUUAUCACCCGGAAAAUGACGAAUGGACAAUGGUUUCACCGAUGAAACGGAGUCGUUCAGGUGUCGGGGUAGCCAGUCUUGGUCAAUACAUAUAUGUUGUUGGAGGUUAUGAUGGUACUAGGCAAUUGAAUUCUGUUGAGCGAUACGAUACGGAGAAAGAUAUCUGGGAACUUGUUAGUAGUGUCACUAUUGCCCGGAGUGCACUCAGUGUUACGGUAUUGGACGGAAAAUUAUACGCGAUGGGAGGAUACGAUGGAGAACAUUUUCUAAGUAUCGUCGAAAUCUAUGAUCCUGCGAAAGAUGUAUGGGAACAAGGAGUGUCUAUGACCUCUGGAAGAUCGGGUCACGCGAGUGCAGUAUCUUACUAUCAAUGUCCUAUACACUGCGACCACUUAGAUCACACUAUAUCGUUAGAGAAACCAUCGCCGUCGUGAUGCAUAUAACUCCUGUGCAUCUGUUGACUUUAAAGAAAUUGUUAACC